CUGAAGGCAGUGUCUAAUGUGUGUUUUAACACCCUGCUCAUGGUAUUCAGGGGUGUCUCAGCCCCUCUGGUCUGCCAGUUCCUGUUGCUGCACAGUUUCUGUUCCACCAGCACCACGUUCAUGCGCAGGAAAGACAGCCUAGCACCGUGAAAAUGCCUCUGGCUAAAGACCUCCUCCACCCGACUAUUGACCAUGAGAGAAGACAACAUAAGAAGAAACGACUUGUCCAGUCUCCUAACUCUUACUUUAUGGAUGUGAAGUGCCCAGGUUGCUACAAGAUCACCACCAUGUUCAGCCAUGCUCAGACUGUGGUGCUCUGUGUAGGAUGCUCAACAGUGUUGUGCCAGCCAAAAGGAGGAAAGGCCAGACUCACAGAGGGCUGUUCUUUCAGGAGGAAGCAACAUUAAAAAAAAGGAAUUACACACUCAAUCAUGUCUGUAAUUAAGCCCUUAAGUUUCCAUUGAUUACAAUGUAGUUGUACAUUCAAUAAUGACAGGUUCUGUCACUGUACAGAUGUUCAACAAAGACGCAUUUAAGAACUAACAACGUUUGUAAUAUGCAAAAAUACUAAAGGUGAAAAAUCAAUAAAAGAAAGCUGUUGUAAAAGUU